AUGAAGCUGCUCAACAUGCUGCCCUACAGGAGGAACAUGGUGAUAUGGCUUGCCCUCGGGAGCAUACAAUUAGCAGCUGCCACACAGACAUAUUGUUCGACGCAGAACACGGGCUCGAGUUACAGCGCAGGUGCGUACACUCUCCCUGACCUACAUACGUGACGCGAACCCCGGUCAAUGUCGCUGACCUCCUUGCAGUGACCAACAUAUAUCAAUCCAACGGCGCCUGCACCGACCAAUGUUCCUCCAGCUACGCCUUCGCCGUUGUGCAAUGGCAGCAGUGCUGGUGUUCCAAUUACAUCCCAGCAAGUCAAGCCAGCCUGAGCGACUGUAGCCAGAACUGUCCUGGCUAUCCUCAGGAGCAGUGCGGUGACGCCAACAGCGGUUACUUUGGCUACAUCAAACUCGACAGAGCAGCAUCCGGAACAGCGGGUGCUGCCUCGUCCUCAACCAGCACCAUCCAAUCUCAGGUAUGUACUCUACACGCAUCUUCAUAUCUGCAUCAGGGCCUCCAUGGCAUGGCGCAAGGCGGCGCUUCACCUAACACCGUAGCUACGCCCCAUCGUCUUCCUGACAGCCGUUGACCCUUGUCCUGCUGCAGUCAUCCACCUCUGUCGUGCUACAGUCAUCGACACCCCAGACGUCGACCAGCGAUCCCGAGACGAGCUAUGUGAGUCCGACUGUCGUUCAAACAGUGACGCAUACUCCAAGCCAGAGCAUAUCAGUCUCAUAUGUGACGCAAACUCCAAGCCAGAGCGUAUCAGUCUCAUAUGUGACGAACACUCCAACCCAGAGCGUAUUAGUCUCAUAUGUGACGAAUACUCCAAGCCGGAGCGUAUCAGUCUCAUAUGUUACUCCAGUAUGAUUGGCACUUUUCAUAACGCGAGACCCUUGCUGCGCGUUGUGUCUUUUUGUGCUACUAACAUGCUGCUUUCCUUGUCCGUCGGCGCGCACAACGCUUGACAUUUGCUGACUUGCCUGUGCACAGAUACCAUCUACUACCACCACGCCAAGCUCGACACCGAGCACAACAUCUACGUCCAGCUCAACCUCACACUCGAGCUCGACUCCGCCGACGACGACUACUACUACUACGAGCUCGGUCGUACCGGUGACGAGCUUGGUAUUGACCACGAUCUCGGGCGACGUUGUGACACAGACCGUCACCACGACGCCUAUGGCCACGGUCGACCCUUAUCCGCACUCGGAUAAAAUGCAACUCCAGCGGAAGGACGGCCUUGGUGGAGGUGCCAUCGCGGGCGUUGUCAUUGGUGUACUCGCUGGGUUGGCAUUGCUUGCUUUGGCUGGGUUCUUGCUCUGGCGACGAAAACGCAACAAUGACGAUGCCGAGAACAACGGCACGACCGACAAGAAGAAGCCAAGCCGCAACGUGAGCGUCCUUAGCAAGGCCGGAUUGCUCGCGCGCGCUCGUCCUAGCAUGGGCGAAAGGGACACCGACGACCACUUCCAUGUCAACCCGACGACCGGCGCCAAUAGUGUUCGACAUUCGAUGCUCUUUUCGGGAGCAGACGGUGUCAGUCCGGUCAGCCCGCUUGACUCCAACGACACCAGAAGGGGGAGUCAGCCGAUGGUCUACGAUCAACGGCUAAAUCCCUCGGUGCUCUUUGCCAACCAAGAAGCGAAUGGUAGUCGCAUCUCCAUGCAAGACCAGCAAGACUACUCCAGACCUCUGGGCGUCGUCAAUCCCGAUCCUCGAGAGAGCUUCGAUUCGCGCAUGGGGAGAGCGUAG